AUGACUGACACUGAGUUAACAGAGCUAGCAAAGACCAAGGAGUCAACCAAACUAGCAGAACCAGUGGCAGAAGUAACUGAGGAUGUUCAAGUGGGUAGUGAAGAAGUUUCCCUUCCUCUUCAACUUGAAAACACUGAAAACGGAACCACUGAUGAUACUAUCAAGGCAGGCACCUCCAUUAGAAAGCAAGCCGCAAAAGAGAGACAAGAGAGACAGAAAUAUGAGAAAUCUGAAUUUGUUGCAAUGUUAGAUGAGAAUGGAGUUCCCAUACCUAAAUCGGAACGUAAACCCAAGAGAAAAUGCGCCGUGAUGAUAGGUUAUUGUGGCACUGGCUAUAAUGGGCUACAAAUUCAAAGUGACCCCAAUGUCAAAACGAUUGAGCGGGACCUUUAUGAGGCAAUGUACAAAGCUGGAGCCAUUUCGUUUGAAAACUCAGUUGAUUUGAAGAAAUCCGGAUUUCAAAGAAGCGCACGAACGGACAAAGGAGUUCAUGCUGCUGGUAAUGUUGUUAGUCUCAAGCUAAUUAUUGAAGAUCCUGAGAUUAGACACAAGAUCAAUCAAUACUUACCACAACAGAUUAGAAUAUGGGGUAUACAAAGAACCACUAAAGGGUUUGAUUGUAGGAAAAUGUGUUCCUCACGAGUGUAUGAGUAUUUGUUGCCUACAUAUUCAUUAUUGAGUCCUAAACCCAAGACGAGAUUGUUUCAGUUGAUUGAAGAGAAUAAACUGAAACAUCCAGAGUUGUUUAUGGAUGAUGAUGGUGAAGGCACAAAAUGGUGGAAGGAAGUUGUGCAGAAAAUCAUCUAUAGCGGCAUCACUCAAGAGCAAUUAGAUUCUCUUGCAAGCAUUCAAGAAGAAGGUGACCCGCCAACAUCCGAAUCGACCAUUGUUUCCGAAACGAUUAAAAAAAUCAAACAGAUUGAAAAUCAAGCACGUAGAUCAUAUCGAAUAUCGUCCAAAAGACUUGAUCAUUUCACGAAAACAAUGCAACAAUACGAAGGAACCCAUAAUUUCCACAACUUUACAAUAGGCAAGCCAUACAAGGAUACAUCAAGUAAUCGAUUUAUUAUAUCCACCAAAAUCUCCUCACCAUUUGUUAUUGAUGGAACUGAAUGGAUAUCGAUCAAACUCCAUGGCCAAUCGUUCAUGCUUCAUCAGAUUAGAAAAAUGAUAAGUAUGGCGUCACUCAUUGUCCGAUGCGACUUACCGCCGGGCCAAAUCAUUUCCAAUUGCUUCAAACCAACUAGGAUCAAUAUUCCAAAAGCCCCUGCGCUUGGUUUACUCUUGGAAAACCCCGUUUUUGACGCAUAUAAUGUAAAACUUAAGGAUCAUUCUUAUGAACCUAUAGAUUUCUCCAAAUACGAAAAGGAAAUGUUGGAUUUCAAGAUGAAAAAUAUAUAUGAUAAGAUAUAUAUGAGUGAAGUUAAGGAUAAUACCUUUUACGGAUUCUUUGGAUACAUUGAUACUUUUAGGGUGCCUGAGGAUGAGGCAAAUAGUUCUCAAUCAACUAGUAUAUUUGAUUUCUUAGUUAAUUAUAUUGAAGAUGAAACCAAAACAAGAGGUGGCUGA